UGGUAAGCCGUUGCAGAAUGAUAGGUAGAUACUUAUGAAGCGUUAUUUGAUCCGCUACUUUUGAUGCUGACUGUACCUAAUUAAGGUAUAUUAAUUAUUACUAGUAUAAUUUGGAAAUGCGUUCAAUAGUCGUAGAUAUUUCGAGUAAAAACCGAUGUUCUGUUGAGGAAGUUGCUUAUUGUUGGACUAAGGAGUAAAGCCGUGACGCUAAGUAAUGAAUACAUUCUGAACCUCCAGGGAUAAAGGUUAGAGCAACAAGAUUAUUACGUAGAUAGCCUUAUCGGUGACCCUGACCCUACAGAGCUAACGGUCCUAAUACCGGUAAGAACAAAUAUUUGUCGAGCACGAGUAUUAAGCUCCUAAUUCUCAGAUGUUUGGAAACAGCAAAGCAAUUAAUUUACGAACACCAACACACUUAAUUGCCAUUUAAUAUAGGUACCUUACUGCCAUUGGCAUAAGGUUUAGAAAUGCUUGAACUGAAAGUCGAGCCUCAUAAUCCAAUGGAAUAUUUUUAAUCACUUGAAGAUUAAGAUGGAAAACACUAAUGAUCACUUUUUAGUUAAUGUAACGCUUAAUUUACCAAUGCACAAUUAUUUGAGUUUAUACGUCACUUUCCAAUUAAUUGUGUAGUCAUACGGACGUAUAAUUAUUAAUUUCCUAGUUUUUCUCACGAAAGCACCAUUGUUUUAGCUUAGAAUGCGUUUAGUUGUAAUUAUAAUUCAAAUUUUAUCACUUUUUACAUUCUCUUCAAGUGAAUCUACUAAACACAGUGAUAUAAGUUAUAACAAAGUGUCAAAAGAAAGAAUGAAUUUCACAGAACUGUCGCGUGAAUGUGGUGUCUACGCUGAAGAAUUUGAAGUGGUUACUGAAGAUGGCUACAUAUUGACGCUCUUCCACAUACCGGGAAAGAAGAAGCCGGUACUCUUGGUGCACGGGAUAGGCGACACAUCGAACACUUGGGUUCUCAGAGGCAACAAGUCUUUAGCUAUCGCCCUGGUGCGUGAGGGCUACGAUGUCUGGGCUGGAAACAUAAGAGGCAACCGAUAUGGAAGGAAGCAUGUUAAUCUCAAUCCAGACACAGACGAGACUUUCUGGGACUUCAGUUUUCACCAAGUAGGUUUGUUCGACUGGCCUGCGAUGAUCGAUCGAGUGUUGAAAGAAACUAAACAAACAAAACUCAAUGCAAUUGCACAUUCUCAAGGUACAACAUCCUUUUUUGUUUUAUCAACUUUAAAACCGGAAUAUAAUGAGAAAGUUGAAUUACUAAUAGCUCUAGCUCCAGUAGCAUUUCUAGACCAUAUAGGACCCGGUAUGGCAUCUAUUGCCAAAUUAGGUCCCCUUAUUGCAAAAGUUCUGAAAACACUACGGAUCAAUGAAAUAUUUGCAGAUGGUAAUGCAGAUAAAAAGCUCAUGGAAUCAUUUUGCACUUUAGGAAAAUUGACAGAAAAGAUUUGUACUAUUUUCCCCUUGGGUAUAAUAACUGGUAUCAAUCCAGAUGGUAUAGAAUCAGAAUUUAUUCCACUGUUGUUUUCUCAAUACUUUGCUGGUAUUUCACGCAAAACUUUAGAGCAUUACAAUCAAAUGUAUUUUAGUGGAAAAUUUGCUCAAUUUGAUUACGGGCCCUCAAAUAAUUUACUAGUUUAUGGAAAAAUUGCUCCUCCAGAAUAUGAUUUGAGUAAAGUGCGUACCAAAACAGCCAUUUUAUAUGGUGAAAACGACAUGAUGGCAACAGUGGAAGAUGUUCAACGUCUUGGAAGACUAUUGCCAAAUUUAGUUUGCAUUAAGGCUAUAAAAGAUGAGAAAUGGACCCAUAUCGAUUUCACUUGGGGAAGAGAAGCAUAUAAGUAUUUAUUUGGUCACAUAAUUGAGUUGUUGAAUAAAAAUGGUCGAUGAUAAAUAAA